AUGAUACUCUGUUUCAUUGUGAAGUUUGCAUAUUUUAUCAGAAAUCAGUAUUCACAGUUUCACUUAUUUAUUGUUUUAUUUAAUGUUUUUUAAUUUUAUUUUUUUCAUUCUCAUAGAAGUAUAAUAAAAUAUAAUCUUAAUUACUGUCAAAAAAGCAUUCAAUUUUUUAGUCCUGCCUAAUAAGUAUUUGUACACCUCUUGCUCUGGAUCCAGUUACACCGAAAAUAAGAGCAAACAAUUUCAAAUUAUUUUGUUAAUAAAGGAGAUCUUUGAAUUUACAAUGAUAAGUACAAUUUAUGAGGUAAAAAGCUAAAGAAUUUUUUAUGAGGUACAAGGCUAAAGAAGGUCAAAGCACAGCAAAAUAAGACACACAAAUGUUUGAUGAUGGCUAGUAGUUAUGCCCUUUAACUGUAUUGAAUAAAUAAUGUGACCUAGACAAGUAUGUUGCAACAUCAAUAUAGAAUAAAGUUAAAGGUGUGUCGUAUUGGAAUCGAAAUUAUUUCGAACUAACAACAUCUAUAGUUCUAUACUGAUCUAAGCAGUAGUGUACAAACGAUUUUACAAAAAAAAACUGGACUAUAACCAAACAUGCCAAUCGUCAAAAUAAGGACCGACCACGAAUUCUAAAUAAACUUUUAUUCUAAAGUUUAUGCAGAAACUACAAAAUCGCUGCACAUUACAUUUUCCAUUUAACUUCAUAGAAAUGAAUAUCAGUGUUUCCGAGCCGUGGGCUUUCCCAGGGACUUUCCCGUAUAGUAGUUUAACAUUUUGCUUAUAUGCAACAGCAUGGACGACUUUAACUGGGAAUUUUACAGAUCAGAGCUGAAUAAGAUAUUUUUUCACAAUGAAAGUUCUAUUCCCAAUGGUUCGAAAAAAUACGAAGAUUUUUGGAUGUUUUUUAAAAGGUUUCGAAAAUACCAGGCAAAACAUGGACUUACAAAUCAACCAACUGAAUCAAACACAAGCAAUUGUAGUGAAAGGUUUAAAAUAAAUUGUGAAGUUGCAAAUUUUGAUGAAAUUUUGGAGAAACGUCGUCACAAAAGUAAAAAGUCGACAAGACCCACAGACAGAUACAGUGAAGUAGACGAUGGUUUAACAGCAACCAGACUCAAGGAAUUCCACUCAGGAAUUUUACAUUAUCUUGAUUUCUGUCAAAAACAAAGUUUUCAAAAGUUAAAAAAACUGAAAACUGAACAAUCCAAUCUUCCCAUUGCUCAAUACAGAGAGAGAAUUGUAGAAGCUGUAAAAAGCUCACAGGUUGUUAUAGUGGCUGGUGACACUGGGUGCGGAAAAUCAACCCAAGUUCCACAGUAUUUACUAAGAUCUGGAUUCACCAAUAUAGCUUGUACACAACCACGCAGAAUAGCAGCAAUCUCACUUUCAAAACGGGUUGGAUUUGAGACAUUGAACCAGUAUGGUUCACAAGUGGCGUACAAAAUUCGGUUUGAAGGAACAAAGACUUCAUCAACGAGAAUAUUAUUUCUAACUGAAGGUUUAUUACUGCGACAAAUGCAGCAAGAUGGAAACCUUGCUCAGUAUAGUGUUAUAAUAUUAGAUGAGAUCCAUGAGCGUCACUUGCAGUCUGAUCUUCUCCUUGGUUUGUUGAGAAAUUUAAUUUCUUCAGGAAACACAGAGUUACGUCUCGUGCUGAUGUCCGCAACCAUAAACCUUGAGUUAUUUUGCAAAUAUUUUGAAGACUCGCCCGUCAUUCAAGUUCCUGGACGACUUUAUCCUAUUCAAGUGCAAUAUCAUCCUAUUUCUAUGGAGGACAAAGGAAACAAGUCAAGUAAAUUAGAUCCUCGGCCAUAUAUCCGGAUCUUACAGAAGAUUGAUAAAAAGUAUCCGUCAUCAGAACGAGGAGAUUUGUUGAUUUUUCUUCCAGGAAUGCAGGAAAUAACAAUAAUAGAAGAAGCUGCCAAAGCUUAUGCAGAGGAAACAAAAAACUGGAUAAUUCUUCCUCUUCAUAGUACAUUGUCCAUAGAAGAGCAAAACAAAGUGUUUGAUAUAGCACCAGACGGUGUUAGAAAAUGCAUUUUAUCAACGAACAUUGCCGAAACUUCUGUCACGGUUGACGGAGUUCGUUUCGUUGCCGAUUCUGGCCGUGUAAAGGAGAUGAGCUUCGAUGCUCAGUUUAAAAUGAAACGACUUCAGGAGUUCUGGGUUAGCAGGGCAAGCGCUGAACAAAGAAAAGGUCGUGCUGGACGUACCGGACCUGGUGUUUGUUUCCGUCUUUAUUCUGAGGAAGAUUACGAAGCAUUUGCUGAAUAUUCUGUACCUGAAAUACAACGCGUGCCACUUGAUUCUCUGAUACUGCAGAUGAAGAGCAUGGGAAUCGAUGAUGUGCGGAAAUUCUCGUUUAUUGAACCUCCACCAGAGAGCGCUCUUAACAAUGCAAUACUCGGGUUGAAAGAACAGGAAGCGUUGGGGCGUGAUGAAGAGAUUUCUCCACUCGGAGAAAUGUUAGCUCAGCUGCCAGUAGAUGUCGCUAUAGGCAAAAUGUUGAUCAUGGGAAGCUUAUUUGACGUUAUUGAGCCGGUGAUGUCAGUUGCUUCGGUUCUCAGCGUUCAAUCCCCUUAUACAAGGUCAGCAUAUAAUAACCCCGAGAUGGUGGCAAGGAGGCGACCCAUUGAAUCCACACACGGAGAUCCUAUAACUUUACUCAAUCUCUUUGAUGAAUGGAUUAAGGUUAAAGCUGAGGGCAAAGCAUCAAGUCGUACUUGGUGUAAAAGGCGGGGAUUGGAGGAACAAAGAUUUUAUGAAAUGGCAAAUAUUAAGAGGCAGUUCACCGAUUUACUUCGAGGUAAUUCCUUGUUGUCGGGUGAAAAAGAGUCGAGUCAUGGUGGGGAGACGAGUCACAAACGUAAACAACGACAUGCAGAUCGAAAAAGAUUACGUCAGCUUAAAGAGGAAGAAAGGACGGAAUCUCGCAAACGUAAAGUUUUGAAAAUGACCGAUCAUAAGUACGUCGCCGUAGCAACCGAUGAUGCGAGCGAUGCAGAUGAUGAUGAAACCGUUUCCUUGACGACCAACGUGAAGGAUCUAGAGUUUAAAGUCCGACAUGAUCUCGAUAAAUUGUACAAGGCAUCCAGUGAGGAGCGUAACUUUACUCUUAAAGAUGUCAUCUUGUUGAAAGUUAUUCUAUGUUCUGGUCUCUAUCCCCAGCUAGCGUUUCCUGAUAAUUGUAAUUCCUACACAGCAGAUUCAGAUCAAGUUUUCCACACAAAGAACAAACUUUUUGUUGUUCUUCACCCGAACAGUUACUUCGCGAAUCACCCGGAUAUCCUUGAACCUGUUGGUAAGGAUGAUGACAUCACAGAGGGCAAAUCAUCACAAAGGGGAUUGUUAAGUCACAAACAUCAGCUCUUGUCAUAUGUGUCACUGCUAGAAACAACCAAACCUUAUUUAGUUAACACUAUGAGGGUUCCUACCCUUCAGACUCUUCUUCUAUUCUCACAAUCAUUGGACACAGAUGGCGGAUGUAAAAGGAUAAUUGUUGACGAAUGGAUUGAAAUUUGCAUCUCUGAUGCCACACAAAGUCAAGGCAUUGUCGCAUCAUGUUUACAACUUCGUACUGCUUGGAACCAACUUUUAAAGUUAAGAAUUAACGCUUCAAAGAAAGAAGGCUUGGGUUCCACUCGUUCAACUCGAAACCUUCAAAAAUUUCUUGGAAUAAAACUUCCUGAAUUUCUCGAUUCCAAAGUUGAAUACAAAGUACGAAGAAUAACCGCUGCAGAUAAAAAGAAACUUUAUGUCGGACCCAACAUCAAUUCUGAGUACAGUGAUGAAGAAAUCGGAAAUUUUGCUGUAAAAUUAUCCCAAGCUGUGCCUCACCCUUCUAAAGGAGGCAUCCAGUUAUCUCCAUUCCUGACAUAUAACUGCUUGAGUGAUGGCAUGAACAUGGGUGGGGAUUACUUGCGAGAAUUCUGGACAUGCCCCAACUGUAAUGUGAAGCUUCCUCUUACAGUAUCAGAGCGGUUACGCCAUCAAGCUGUUUGCACUGGAGAAGAAAAUACAGAGGCUGACUGUGCCAGCACUUCACAGAAUGAAGGAAGUACAGCAAUACCUUCACUACAGAAGGACUACCACUGCACUGUUUGCAAUGAAAUGUUCAAAUUUUCUGCCGUUGAAAUCUUAAAACACAAACGUUCACAUGCAAAACAAUAGCGAUUGUUA